AUGGCAGAAAGAGGGGUAAAAACAGUUGAUAUAUUGCCCGAAUGUCUCAUUCAGGAGAUACUUGGUUUUCUUAGGUAUGACGAAGCAACCAAGACGAGCAUUCUUUCCAAAACAUGGCUACAAGCGUGGUCGACUCUUCCCAACUUGAAAUUUACAUCUGAUUUUUACGAAGUCAAUAUGGAUCUGGUGGAUAAUAUCAUGGAGAGAUAUAGGGACGAGAAUAUCCCUAUAGAGAAGUUUGAAUUAUCAAAGUCUUACUACAGCUGUCCUUCUAGAAUUGUCCCUCUGUUUUAUAGGUGGCUUGACGUUGCACUUCAGAAUGGUGUAAAAUAUUUGGUGUUUAGAAUCCGCAACCUCCCAUUACCUAUUUUCACAAUCUUGGCAGCAAAAUCUUUAAAAGAAUUGGUUCUGACCAAUUGUGAUCUGACAUGCGCCUCAUUAUCUAGCGGUGUGGUGAACUGUCCUUCUUUGAGAAAGCUUUCUCUAAUUAAGGUAUAUUUAGACGAAGACAUGCUUCAGACUCUACUUAAUAGCUGUCCAUUGAUAGAAUCUUUCACCCUAAAGGAUUGUAUGGAUUUGAUAAAGAUUGAGCUGCUAAAUCUUCAAAAGAUCAAGUCCGUUUCCAUUUGGAACAAUAUUAACCAGCAUAUUAAGAUCCAAGCACCAACUCUUGAACACUUGUCUUAUUCUGGUUAUCCAUUGGAAGAAUUGAAUAUUGUUGAAUGUCAGAAUCUGAAAUCUUUAGAACUAUCACAUAUGUAUAUAUAUGAUCCAUCAUUUUACAACCUUAUUUCUAGAUGUCAAUCACUGAAGGUCUUGAAGUUUCAGCAUUGUUGGUGCACAGGGAGGAUUGAGGCUCCAAAUUUGGUAUCGCUUGAGUAUAUGGGGGAUCAAAUUCCUGAACUCAAAAUUGCACGAGAGUCAAGCCAAUUGGAGCACUCAAAAAUCAUUCUUCUUCGAUGCUACGACAAUAUAGAUGCUGCAUGGUUUUGUAAGUUGAGGAAGUUUCUAUCCAAUUUGACCUCUUGGUCUCAAGUCUCCCUUUAUUUUUACCAAUGCGGUGAGAUCAACGUGAAAGAUUUGCAAUUGGACCACAGAGUUGAUAUCCCACAAGUUGGUGUCUUAAAUGUCGAUUUUAAAAGGGAGAUUAAGAAGUGCUCAACAUUUAUAGAUGCUUUGCUAUGGAGUUGCCAUCCUAGGAGACUUAACCUGAAAUUAACAGGAAAAAUGGCUACAUUUUUCAUCAAUUAUUUGAUGCAUAUGAAGAAUUCGAGUCACUCGACUUCUCAUGGAAAAAAGCCUUGGUAUAGUCAAUUAAAAGAAGUAAAAGCCUACAAACUUGAUCGCAAGAGCAGGAGUUGGCAUCUUGUGGAGCACAAAAGCGAGGAGCUGGCAACAAGGAAGAGGGAUAAAUAUUAUAUUCUAUUAGAUUGGUGA